AAACGAAAAGCACAGAGAAAAACAGAGAGAGAGUGAGAGGGAGAGGAAAAGAGAGACCCAACAAACAAACAAACAUGGAGACCAUAAAGCUGCUCAUUAUCGGUCCGGUGAUCCUGGGAUUGUUAAGCGUAAUUCAGGCCGAUGAUUCACUGGACACACGUGAGGGCGUUGAUCUGGUGCUCAAAUGUCGUUUCACCGAGCAUUAUGAUUCAAGUGACUUCACCUUCUAUUGGGCCCGCUGGACCUGUUGUCCCACAUUGUUCGAGAAUGUGGCCAUUGGCGAUGUGCAGCUUAACUCGAAUUAUCGUUUGGACUUUCGGCCGGGUCGUGGUAUUUACGAUCUGCAAAUCAAGAAUACAUCGUACAAUCGAGACAAUGGACGGUUUGAGUGCCGCAUCAAGGCCAAGGGAACUGGGGCCGAUGUGCAUCAGGAGUUCUACAAUUUGACAGUGCUGACGGCUCCGCAUCCGCCGAUGGUAACGCCCGGGAAUAUUGCGGUAGCCACUGAAGAGAAGCCACUGGAAUUGACCUGCAGUAGUAUUGGCGGUUCACCGGAUCCCAUGAUAACCUGGUAUCGUGAGGGUAGUACAGUGCCAUUGCAAUCGUAUGCACUGAAGGGCGGCUCCAAGAAUCACUAUACGAAUGCCACACUACAGAUUGUGCCCAGACGGGCUGACGAUGGCGCCAAAUACAAAUGCGUCGUUUGGAAUCGUGCCAUGCCCGAGGGUCAUACACUGGAGACCAGCGUGUCGCUAAAUGUCAACUAUUACCCGCGAGUUGAAGUGGGUCCACAGAACCCGUUGCGCAUUGAACGCGAUCAUAUUGCCAAAUUGGAUUGCCGUGUGGAUGCCAAGCCAAUGGUUUCGAAUGUACGUUGGUCACGCAAUGGCCAAUACGUGAGUGCUACACCCAGUCAUACGAUCUAUCGUGUGAAUCGCCAUCAUAGUGGCAAAUAUACAUGCAGUGCCGACAAUGGUCUUGGCAAGACAGGUGAAAAGGAUAUCAUCCUUGAUGUCCUCUAUCCACCCAUUGUUGUCAUCGAAUCCAAGACGCACGAGGCCGAGGAGGGUGAGACUGUGCUAGUGCGUUGCAAUGUGACCGCGAAUCCGCCGCCCAUAGCAAUAGAAUGGUUAAAGGAAGGAGCUCCAGAUUUCCGCUAUACCGGAGAACUGCUCACUUUGGGUUCGGUGAGAGCCGAACAUGCGGGAAAUUACAUCUGUCGUUCGGUGAAUCUGAUGCAACCCUUCAAUUCGAAACGUAUCGAGGGUGUGGGUAAUUCAACGGUGGCUCUAUUAGUUCGACAUCGUCCUGGACAGGCUUAUAUUACACCCAAUAAACCAGUGGUACAUGUGGGCAAUGGCGUUACCCUGAGCUGUUCGGCCAAUCCUCCGGGCUGGCCAGUGCCACAAUACCGUUGGUUCCGCGACAUGGAUGGCGAAAUGAGUAAUACACAAAAAAUCCUUGCUCAAGGCCCACAAUAUUCCAUACCCAAGGCUCAUUUGGGUAGUGAGGGAAAAUAUCAUUGUCAUGCGGUCAACGAAUUGGGCAUAGGUAAAAUGGCAACAAUUGUCCUGGAGGUGCAUCAGCCACCGCAAUUCCUGGCCAAGUUGCAGCAGCAUAUGACCCGAAGGGUGGGCGAUGUGGAUUAUGCAGUGACCUGCAGUGCCAAGGGGAAGCCCAGUCCACAAAUACGUUGGAUCAAAGAUGGCACAGAGAUUUUGCCCACACGCAAAAUGUUCGAUAUACGCACCUCACCCACAGAUGCGGGCGGUGGUGUGGUCACCGUGCAGAGUAUACUCCGUUUUCGCGGCAAGGCUAGACCGAAUGGAAAUCAGUUGUUGCCCAGUGAUCGUGGAGUCUUCACAUGUCUCUACGAGAACGAUGUCAACUCAGCCAACUCAUCGAUGCAUUUGCAUAUUGAACACGAACCGAUUAUAAUACAUCAAUAUAACAAGGUGGCCUAUGAUCUGCGGGAAUCAGCGGAAGUUGUUUGCAAAGUGCAGGCCUAUCCGAAACCAGAGUUCCAAUGGCAAUUCGGCAGUAAUCCGUCUCCGUUAACCAUGUCGUCGGAUGGUCACUAUGAGAUUGUCACACGAAUGGAGAACAAUGAUGUUUACACUUCAAUAUUGAGAAUCGGGCAUCUACAGCAUUCGGAUUAUGGCGAAUAUAUUUGUAGGGCAACCAAUGACUUAAAUGCCAUCAGAGCUCCCAUACGUCUUCAGCCCAAGGGUCAGCCGGAUAAGCCAACUAAUCUCAAGAUUCUCGAAGUGGGACACAAUUAUGCGGUUCUCAAUUGGCAACCUGGCUUCAAUGGCGGACUAAUGAGUACCAAAUACUUAGUGAGCUAUCGUCGAGUGAACACACCACGGGAACAGUUGCUAGCGGACUGUUCCUCGCCGGGCUAUGGCUACCAAGUGAGCAGCAGUAGCAGCAGCAGUUCAAGCAGCUCCGGAGCUGCCCACGAAUGGAUCGAAUUCAAUUGCUUCCGUGAGAAUCCCUGCAAAUUAGCACCACUGGAUCAGCAUCAGAGCUAUAUGUUUAAGGUGUAUGCCCUAAAUUCGAAGGGAACUUCAGGUUUUUCGAAUGAAAUGCUCGUCACCACCAAGGUUAGCAAAAUUCCACCUCCUCUUCAUGUCAGCUAUGAUCCCAACUCUCAUGUUUUGGGCAUCAAUGUGGCGGCCACAUGUUUGUCCUUGAUUGCUGUUGUGGAAUCCCUGGUCACACGCGAUGCCACAGUACCCAUGUGGGAAAUUGUGGAGACUUUAACAUUGUUGCCCUCCGGACAUGAGGCUACCUUCAAGGAGACCAUAAUCAAUCAAAUGGCACGAACAGCUCAUUAUACAACAUCAGGAUCAGCGGGCUCUACGGGCGCCACAUCCUCAUCAUCAUCCUCAUCGUCAGGCAGAAGUAUUGCGGGUGGACAUUUGGGUGAGGACCGUACCAUGGCUUUGGCUGAGACAACUGGACCAGGUCCAGUGGUGAGAGUGAAACUAUGUCUUCGUUCCAAUCAUGAGCAUUGCGGCGCCUAUGCUAAUGCAGAAAUUGGGAAAGCUUACAUGCCAAAUGAUUCAGGCCUCACGACUUCCGCUGUGGUGGCAAUUAUGAUUGCUGCCCUAUCCUUCAUCAUUUUCUUGGCCCUGGUGUACGCUUUCUGUCGCUGUCGUCGCACUCACAAGGCCAAAAAGCAGUCAUCGGGAGGUUCCGGUGUCGCCAACAUUGGUGGUGCUGCCACGACGACCUCAAUUGCAGGCGGCGCCAAGGACUAUGACCUAGAUGGUUCACGGCGACCCUCAUUGACGCAAACUUCCGCCAUUGGUGGUGACCCGCAACAGUCACAGCAGCAGCAGCAGCAGCCACCAUCGUUGCCGCCACCACCGCCAUAUUAUCCCACGGGCAGCAUGGAUGGCAAACAAUUGGAUGGCGGCAUGGAGUUGACACUGACAGCCUUGCACGAUCCCGACGAGCAAUUGAACAUGCAACAACAACAACAGCACCAGCACCAGCCAAAUGAGUCUUUGCAACAUCACGUUCAUGCCACAUCGUCGUCGUCAUCGUCGCAUGGUCAUGGCCAGUAUCAGCCGCAGGCUAAAACCAUGUUGGGCCUAUAUGGAGCAGCAGCCUCGAAUGGAUAUGGCUAUCAUGUGACAAGUGCCAUUGGCGUAGAUGGCGACAGCUAUCAAGUGAUGCCUUCCGCUAGUGCCGCCGGACUUGGACACGGACAUGGGGCUGGCGAGUGGAAUAGCAACAGCAACUUGAAUUUGAAUUCUAAUGAGAAUAAUUAUACCAAUGCCCAUGAUCUCUCACAAGAGGCUCUGUGGCGUUUACAAAUGGCAGCCGUGCAAUCGCAACAAAUUUAUGUCGAACGUCCACCAUCAGCAUUUAGUGGUUUAGUCGAUUACAAUGGUUAUCCAUCAAUGAUAACGGGAACACAAGCACCACCAGCAUUACCACCACCGACAACCCACAUAAACACAGUGACCAGUUCACUGAGUCAACAAAGUUUUGGCCAACCGCCUACAUCGUCAUCGGGAGCAGGAACAGGAGCAGCGGUGGCAGCAACGCCGCUGGAAAUGCUCAAGGCAGCGCAACGCUAUGGAACACUCCGAAAGAGUUCAGCCAGUGGCAAACAACCGCCCAUGCCACCACAGCGCAAGGAUCAUCAGCAACAACAACAACAGCAACAACAGCAGCAGCAACAUCAGCUGGCGGAUAUAAUACAGGAUUUGGCAAAUUAAACUAAUUGCUAUAGCAACAAAAACAACAAGAACAACAGCAUCAGUAGCAACAACAUUUCGACGUUAGCUUUUAAGUAAGUAAAAAAAAAAUAAUAAUAAAAAUAAAACAAAAAUGUAAA